UAACUUCAGAGAUUAUCUUUCUGUUAGUCAUGUUAUGGAGCCUUUUCGUAUUCAUCUCCUCACACAGAAAGCGGGACAACUGGCGACUGAAAUGGGCGAAUGGGAUGUGCUGGGCCGCCUGCUGGAUAAAGUGCAGAGUCACUCCACGGUGAUCGGCAAGGUCUGGCUCACCGUGCUGUUUGUCUUCCGCAUCCUGGUCCUGCGCACCGGCGCCGACAAGGUUUGGGGCGAUGAGCAGUCCGACUUUGUCUGCAACACCCUGCAGCCCGGCUGUGAGAACGUCUGCUACGACAUCGCCUUCCCCAUCUCUCAUGUCCGCUUUUGGGUCCUUCAGAUUAUUGCUGUGGCGACUCCAAAGUUGCUAUACCUCGGUCACGUCCUCCACGUGAUCCACAUUGAGAAGAAGAUGAAGGAGAGGAUGAAGAGGCAGGCCGAGAUGGACGACCAGGCCAGUAUGUUCCUUAGAAGGGCCUACAAAGUUCCCAAGUACACCAAGAGCACUGGCAAGAUCAGCAUCCGGGGCAGUCUCCUUCGCAGUUAUGUGUUCCAUCUUGUUGCCAAGAUUGUCCUGGAAGUUUUGUUCAUCGUGGGUCAGUACUUUCUGUACGGCUUCACCCUCCAGACUCGCUACGUCUGCAGCAGCUUCCCGUGCCCUCACAAGGUGGACUGCUUCCUGUCAAGGCCGACAGAGAAGUCGGUCAUCAUCUGGUUCAUGCUGGUGUCGGCGCUCGUCUCCCUCCUCCUCAGCCUGGUUGAGCUGCUCUACCUGUGCGUGAAAGCUGUGAAGGAGUGCAUGGCGAGGAGGCAGGACUACACCGUGACCCCAGUGACGCCUCCACCUUCAGAAAGAAAGGCUUUUAAAAGCCGCGACGAUAUGCUCCAGAAUUGUGUCAACCUGGAGCUGGAGCUCCAAGGACGAAAGUUAGGGGUGAACGGGGCCAAAAUCGGGGUCACCGAGGCUGCUAUGAAUGUGUCGCCUGAGAGCAACAACAUGGGGGCGGAGGUCCGCAUCUGAAGCAUGGACGCAGUGAUCGGUUUGAGUUCCGGUGUUUGUGUGCUUUGGCUUUGGGCAGCAAAAAGGGGGUUUGUGUGCAGAGAAUUGAGAUAGAGGGAAGGAGAGUAGCCAGCUUCUGUAAACAGUACUCAGUCACAUGCAAAAUUUUGCUUUAAAUUACUGUGACAUGAUCAAAAAUAAAGAUUUCUUGCAGUUGACAGAUCCAUCAGUUUAAAUUUUUUUUUGACAGAUUUUGCAAAUGGUAUUUUUUGGGAAU